AUGGAUUUCCUCAUGUCCAUGAGAGAAGGCAACUUAACUGAGCAGCUUCUACCCUCAAGGCAUUCUUUUUUUAUUCGUGAAUCAAGGUCUGGUGUAAGGCAUACUAAUGUUUUAUUAAGGGGUGCAGUUUUCCGAACUUUCAGUAUCAACUUUUUCACAUAUGGUUUCCCGGUCUCCCUGGUUGCUCUUUCAUUUUGGAGUUUCACUUUUGCAAGUGUAUGUGCAUUCGGAUUACUCAUAUAUGUCGGCUACAUUUUAUAUGCUUUCCCAUCCUUGUUCCGUUUGCACCGGUUAAAUGGGCUGCUUCUUGUCUUCAUUCUCUUGUGGGCCGUCAGUACAUAUGUCUUCAAUGUGGCAUAUGCAUUCCUAAACUGGAAAGGGAAGGACAUGGAUAUCUGGGAGAUGGUUGGGCUGUGGCAUUAUCCUAUUCCUGGAUUUUUUCUACUUGCGCAAUUUUGUCUUGGAAUUCUGGUUGCUCUUGGAAAUCUCGUAAACAAUUCUGUAUUCCAAUACUUGUCUGAUGAGGACAGGCUCUCCUCGGAUGAAAACUAUUCAGAAGAAGGUAAUUCAAUGUUAUAA